AUGAGCAUAAAAGUGCAGCGGCGAAAGAAAAAUUUGAAAAUGGAGCUAUUACUAAUGGUAGUGACUCAUCUACUCCUUCUUUUUAGUAGUAAAACGUACACGAAUGCCGAAGAUACAGCUUGCACAAAACUAGGCUCUACAGCAAGCAAUCCAAGCAACGCAACCGAACGCGAUUCAAUACUCAAGGUCUUCAAUGAUAUGAGGGAGCACAUAGCCACAAAACAGUCUCCUGAAGGCGAUAACUUAAAGAAGGCGAAAAAUAUGUACAAAUUGUUCUGGAACUGUAGUAUGGAAAAAAAAGUUAGAAAAUCUGUUGAGAAAAAGAAAGGAGCCACUUUGACGAAGGAUUAUGCGCAAAACUACGCAAUAUUCAAAUCCGGUACUAGUACUACACUCGCUAACUAUACUAACGCGGCGAAACAAGAUUGGUAUAACCAAGUUAUAAUACAUGGUCUUGACAAAAACCAAACGUACACGGAUGGUUUGGAUUUUUUCGCUAAUAUGGUCAAUGCGAAGGCUACGCAAGUUGCGUGCGCUUACGAUGAUGAUGGAACCAAUGUACAUUACUCAUGCAUCUUCAACGUUAAACCAGUCAAGGGACAGAGUAUCUAUGAAAGAGGAACUCCAUGUUCAAAGAAUUCGCAGUGCACCACGUACCCAGGAUCAUCUUGUGAUACGGUAACGAAGCUGUGCAAAUACGAAGGAGACAUACCAGAGCCGGAAGUGACUUCAACCGAUGCGACAACAGCCACGAACGUGAAUCCAACCGGUGGGACAACAGCGACGGGCGUGACUCCAACCGCUGCGACAACCACUGCUGAUAUAAAACUAGACAAUGCAUACAUGACGGUUGCAGGAAGGACCAAAGUGGUAAACGCACAUAAUUAUAGGAGAACUUUGCUCGCAACAGGUCAGAUAAGAAAUGGUAAAAAUCCAAGCAAUGCUAAUUUACCAACGGCUGCAUUCAUGUCAAAAAUGGAAUAUGACAUGAACCUUGAAGCGCAGGCCAUAGAACACGCCAAAGGGUGCUCAUUGGAAAAGUCAGACGAGUCAACAAGAACAGGAAUUGGUGAAAACGUUUAUGUGCAUAAGACAGUGAUUAAGGAUCCAGUUGAACUUUUUAAUAUUGUUGCCAUUAGUUGGUGGACGCAAAUCUUCCAAGAUGGAAUCAACAAUCAAUUGAUAUUCUCAGAGAACCUGAGAGAUAAACAAGCAAAGAAAGGCAUAGAUCAGACAGCCUUCACUCAGAUAGCCUGGGCAAAUACCAGCAAAAUAGGGUGCGCUAGUGUCGAUUGCUCCGGAAAGUCCUUCGUUGUUUGCCGCUAUAGCCCUGCUGGAAACAUUCUGAAUCAACCAAUAUAUCGAAUUGGAUAUGUAUGUCAAGGGUGUCAGGGAACUUGCAGUUCGGCUGAUGGACUAUGCAUAAUGACCUGAAGAAGACAGUAUUGAAAACGACACUUCAAUAAACUCUGCAGCAUUC